CUUGACGCCAAAGAAGGAAUCUUUUCACCAUUGUCGAUUUUUACAGAGGAAAGAGGAGCAAGAGUUUGCUUCUUUUAGAUUUUCUUCAUCUUCAGCAAUUUAGGUAUAGGGUUCAUCUUUAACCCCUUUUUUCUCAUUAUUUUCAAAUUCAAAUCUUGCAUUUUUUGCUUGAUUUUGUUCAAUCUUGGUCAUGGGUUUUGUGGAGAAUUGAUUAAUCUGUUCAUCUUUUUAAAGAUUUUCUUGGUGAACGCCAUUGUUUAUGAAGAGAAUGAGGAUUUAUGUCUGUUUUUUCUAGGGAUUCAAUGCCAUUUUUUGGUUAAGUCCAUCUACCAUUUUCAAGUCUUUGUUUCUUGGUCUUGGGUUUUGUGGAAAAUUGAUUACUUUGUUUUCUUUUCUAAAGAUUUUCUUGAUGAAUGCCAUUGUUUAUGAAGAGAAUGGGGAUUUAUGCUUGUUUUUUCAGGGAUUCAAUGCCAUUUUUUUGGUUAAUUUUCAUCAAAUAUUUUGAAAUCUUUGUUCCUUGGUUUUGGGUUUUGUGAAAAACUGACUCUUUUUUGGGUUUUUUUUAGCUUUUUCAGUGAAAUUUAUGUGUUUGUUGUGUAUUCUUUGAUCUUGUAAGCUGUAACUCAAUUAAAAGGGGUGAAAGCUACCAUUUUUGCUAUAACAACAAUGGGGUUUUCCACUUUUCUUGGAAUUUAAUCUCUGUGGUUGUUGGAAUGCAUAAUGCAGCAUCAGGGGAUGUUCAAGUUUUUGGUUCAUAUCAGUGAAUUGUUUAUAAACUAUUUUGAGCAACUUUUUAUGAAGAUUUAGGCCAGUUUCUGCCCUGAUAAAUCUCUCAAAAGAACACUUUUUUAACAAGAAAUAGUUAUUGCCCUAGAUAUAAGCAGAACUCAUGUUGAACUAGAACAAAUUUAAAGGUUUUUUUUGAAAAUCAUGUUUUUUUGGGUAACAGUGGGUUCCUGUUGCCAGCUUAAGCCCACUAACUAAUCUCUCGGGCGACCACGAAUAGCCCUGAGUCAUCGGAGGUGAACCUUCACGGUUAGAAGGGCUAUGGCAGCGCCUGGAUUCGAACCCUAGGAAGAUGAAAUUUCCGCUACAUUCCCCCUCAACCCUACCCAGUGCUCCAUAACCCAAGUUUUCUUGAAAAUCAUGUUGAACUUGAACAAAUUUGGAAGUUCUUUUAAUGAGAAAAGUAGGGUUUCAUCAUUUUGAGGAAUUGUGCGAAUAUCACCGGAUUAUAGUAAAACCAUAAUCCCCUUGUUGUGGAAGUAUACUGUAUACCACUGUGUCAUUUGAUUUGAUGCAAAUAGAAACUUCUGAUUUGCCAUUCUAUGUGUGUUAAGAUUCCUUUUUUUGUGUUUCUAUCUACAUCUUGCCUUGAGAUCAUCCAUGUUUCUUGUUUCCACUUCCCCAUAUCCUUAAGUCAAAGGGCUAGAUAUUUUAUUAUGCAGAGGAGAUAAUAACUUUUGGUGAAGCAAGAUGGUAAUCUGUUUUGCAUUCGGUAAUCUUGCUAGCGGAGAUUAGUUUGUGGGCGGAAAUUGGACAUGAGUAUGCUGGUGGGGACAUGCUCCAGCCAAGGGAAACUGAUUUACCCGCCCUGUUUCUGGUGUUGGUUGUGCUUCCGCUUGUUGCUUACAUCUUGCUAGGAAAAUGGAGUGAGGUUUCGAAAAAGAAAGAUCGAAUAAGCGAGCUCGCUCAAAUUGCUGCAGAAGAAGCUUUUCGAGCAGAGGCCAUGGCCGCCGCCGCUGCUGUCAUUAUCCCUAUUGUACCCGUGUCGAAAUCAAGUAAUGGAUUUCAUAAAUGCUCUAGAUGCUUCGGUCCAGCUAAAACUCGCUGCUCUCGUUGCAAAUCUGUACGCUACUGUUCUGGGAAGUGUCAAAUAAUUCAUUGGAGGCAAGUUCACAAACAAGAGUGCCAAGUUUUAGAUUACAACAGCAGUUGUGCAUCUUCUAACUCUGCUUCAAAUGAAGAUUCGGUUGACGAACAGUUCUUAUUUGGUGAAAAGUUGGAUUCCCAGUUUUCUGAAUCGAAUAUGAAGCCACUCGGGAAUGAGAAAGCUGCUGCCGAUGAUAUACCCGUGGAGAUAUGUUCCACUUCAUAUGAUAAUAUUCCAUUGAAAGGAACUUCCAUCAGAUAUAAGCCGAAACGGAGUCAUUCUGUGCUCGUGAAAGAAGAUAUUCCGGAGAAAAGUAAUGCCGAUGUUUUAAAGUCAGACAACCAGCAUGGGAAUGUAUGUAAUAUAACGAGUAAAUUUGGCUUUUCUGACUCGGAAAAGCCAGUUCAAAAUGGUGCAAAUUCAUUGGACGUUGAGAAGGAGUCGGAGGACGGAUGGAGCUUACCGAAGAGCGAAACAAUUGCAGAUUACGAGACUUAUGGGACAAGAUGUUCUGAAAGAAGCCAGGCAAAGAAAAGUGGUAUGGUGAAACCAACGUCACAUUCGACUGGAACCAAAAUGCAUAAAUCAACAAAGUCAACAGUCAAAAUGUCGAGAGAUAGAUCGUGUUCCGAAAGGGGAAGUAUGGAUCAGAUUGCUGAUGCAGGUGAUUCUCGCGCAGGGUGUGUGAACCCUCUUCCUCAUGAAGGCAAUGGGAUUGUUAAUAAGGGGUUUAUGAAGAUAAUUGGUCUAAAGAGGUCAUCUAAGCAUGAGAGAGUUGAACAUUCGGAAGUUCAUAGCGAAAGACAUAAGAAAAUAAAAAUGCUAUUUCCGUAUGAAGAAUUUGUGAAGUUCUUCCGCUGUGAAGCUUUUGACCUAUUGCCAAGGGGGCUUGUAAAUUGUGGGAACAGUUGUUAUGCAAAUGCUGUGCUGCAGUGCUUGACCUCUACGAAGCCUCUGAUCAUCUAUUUACUCCGUAGGUCGCAUUCUAGAGCCUGUUGUGCAAAGAGUUGGUGUCUUAUUUGUGAACUCGAGCAUCACGCAGUAAUGUUGUGCGAUAACGAAGAACCACUGUCACUCAGCCGAAUUCUUUUGCAUAUGCGGAGUGUUAAUAACCAAAUUGGUGAUGGAAGUCAAGAAGACGCCCAUGAGUUCUUAAGGCUUCUAGUUACCUCGAUGCAAUCGAUAUGUCUGGAGGGUUUAGGUGGGGAAGCCGUGGUUGAUCUGAAAUUGCAAGAAACGACCUUUAUUCAGCAUACGUUUGGCGGGCAGCUCCGUUCAAAGGUCAAGUGCCUGAGAUGUCAUUGUGAGUCGGAUAGAUAUGAAAAUAUUAUGGAUCUUACGCUCGAGAUAUUUGGUUGGGUUGAGUCGUUGGAAGACGCGUUAACUCAAUUUACGAGCCCAGAAGAUUUGGAUGGAGAAAACAUGUACCGAUGUGGAAGGUGUGCUGCGUAUGUUCGAGCACAAAAGCAGUUGGCUAUACACGAGGCUCCAAAUAUUUUAACGAUCGUUUUGAAGAGAUUUCAGGAGGGAAACUACGGAAAGAUAAAUAAGUGUAUUACGUUUCCGGACAUGUUGGAUAUGAUCCCGUACAUGACCGGGACGGACGACGUACCUCCCCUUUACAUGCUUUAUGGCGUCGUUGUGCAUUUGGACACGAUGAAUGCUUCUUUUUCCGGUCAUUAUAUCUCGUAUGUUAAAGAUCUUCACGGCAACUGGUUUAGGAUCGAUGACACUCAGGUCCAACCGGUGCCGUUGAGCCAGGUGAUGUCGGAAGGGGCGUACAUAUUAUUCUACAUGAGAUCAUCCCCUCGUCCCCUUAAAACCGGAAAACCGAAAGCUUCCGGUUUUGAAAAGCACCGGAUGCCGAAAUCUCCAAACCCGACCUCGGAUCAAAUUCAAGAAUCAAAAGAUUUUCAAGCAGGUUCGAACCGAAACCGGCCACCAUCAUGCGUCGAUUUCUCCGACGCGAAUUCAAGUGACUGGUCAUCAAUCUUUACAAGCUCGGACGACGCGUCUUUCACUACCGAGAGCACCCGAGACUCGUUCAGCACCAUCGACCACACCGAUAACGAUCCGAUUUCUUCAAUCUUCAACACGAUCUACGCCCCUCCGGAUUACACAGCCUCGUGUAGCCGGUAUUCGAGAAGCCGACCCCACUUGACUUCGAAACCGUAUCAAGACGGGGAGCCACCGUACCGAUUACCGAACGUUCGCUCAUCGGAUUCGAGCUUUCAUUGUCGUUUAUACAUGAAAUAUGAAAGUGAUCACAAGGAUGCAAUCAGUAGAACUUCUGGGCAUUGUACACUCUAGAUUCAAACCAUUUAGAAGUAGGGUUAGCUGCUGGUGGGGCCUCAAAAUUUUGCCAAAAAUGCUUUGUAAAUGGGGCCAUGAAUUUAUAUAUAUAGCUAUUUGCUUAUGGAUUCA